CUGCAAAAGUAGGGCUAGGAGACGAAGCGGACGUCCUGCGUACCCACAGACUACUCAGGCGAGGAACGCACGGUGUCAUGGCUGCCGACAGUGACGAUGGCGCAGCCUCAGCACCGGUGGGCUCUGAUGGUGGCGUCAGCAAAAGCCCAAAAUCUGGGGAGGAGUUAGUAGUCCAGGUUCCUGUGGUGGAUGUGCAAAGUGACAACUUCAAGGAGAUGUGGCCAUCCCUUCUGUUAGCCAUAAAGACAGCUAGCUUCGUGGCUGUGGACACGGAACUGAGUGGGCUUGGGGACAGGAAGAGUUUGCUGAACCAGUGCGUCGAGGAACGUUACAAGGCCGUGUGUCAUGCUGCCAGGACCCGUUCUGUCCUCUCCCUGGGCCUCGCCUGCUUCAAGCAGCAGCCAGACAAGGGUGAACAUUCAUACCUGGCCCAGGUGUUCAAUCUGACCCUUCUGUGCAUGGAAGAGUAUGUCAUAGAACCAAAGUCUGUGCAGUUCCUGGUACAGCAUGGCUUCAAUUUCAACCGGCAGUAUGCCCAGGGUAUCCCAUAUCACAAAGGCAAUGACAAGGGUGAUGAGAGCCAGAGUCAAUCAGUGAGGACACUGUUCCUGGAGCUAAUCCGGGCCCGCCGGCCCCUGAUACUGCACAAUGGUCUCAUAGACUUGGUAUUUCUAUACCAGAAUUUCUAUGCACACCUGCCUGAGAGCUUGGGAACUUUCACUGCUGACCUGUGUGAAAUGUUCCCAGCCGGCAUAUAUGACACCAAAUAUGCUGCUGAGUUUCAUGCCCGCUUUGUGGCCUCCUACCUAGAAUAUGCCUUCCGGAAAUGUGAGCGGGAAAAUGGGAAGCAGCGGGUAGCUGGCAGCCCACACCUAAUCUUGGAGUUCUGCAGCUAUCCUUCUAGCAUGAGGCCCCAUAUUGACUACCGCUGCUGUUUACCCCCUGCAACUCACCGUCAUUCCACCAGUGUCUGUGACAACUUUUCGGCCUAUGGUUGGUGCCCCCUGGGAUCACAGUGUCCUCGGUCCCAUGAUAUUGACCUUAUCAUUGACACUGAUGAGGCUGCCAUGGAGGAUAAGCGGCGACGGCGACGGCGGAGAGAAAAACGGCGGAGGGCUCUGUUGGGCCUGUCUGGGAAACAGACCUCUGAGAAAACUGAGGAUGAGCCUCCCAUGAAGCAGGUCUGUGGGGAUGGCCUCAAGGCUAAGGAAAUUGAACAGGAGGUGGCUGAGGAUGAGAACAGCAACCAGGCUGGCUCUGAGCAAGGUCACAAAAAUGACUUGGAGACGGGACUUAAAGCAACGAGGCCUGAAACAGCCGACAUGGCUACCUUAGAAACACCAAGGAGUCAAGCCAGUUCUAACCCAGUGCCUGGGAAUGGACUGCAUCGGGCUGGUUUUGAUGCCUUUAUGACAGGCUACGUGAUGGCCUAUGUGGGAGUGAGCCAAGGACCCCAGCCCUGUAGCCCUGGACCCUGGCUGCCUGAAUGCCACAACAAGGUAUACCUGAGUGGCAAAGCUGUACCCCUCACAGUGGCCAAGAGCCAAUUCUCUCGUUCCUCCAAAGCCCAUAACCAGAAGAUGAAGUUGGCUUGGGGCAGCAGCUGACCCAACUUCUACCUAGUACCCAGAGCCCAGGAAGAGAGAGAAGCUGAUGGUGAGACAGGGGUCUGGGUCACUAGCUUGUGAAUGUCCUACUCUCAACUACUACAGAGUUGGGGAGGGGAGGCUCCUGACAGAUACUGCUGCAUUGCUCCUGGAUCUUCUCCUUUACCCCAGAGGCUGAGAAACAAAGGUACAAGUAAGAAGGCUGACCAGCACCUGUAACACCGACUUUAUUUUUAGAUCUGAAAGUGUCUUGGGAAAGUUUUACCAAAAAAAUCAACAGAAACAAGUUAUGAAAAUA